CAAAACAAACCCAACCCACCACACAAUUCGGAACUACAAUCUGAAUGGCAGCACUGUCUAUGAGAGUACCUACCACACUGAGUUCAACAACAGCAAUCCCUCUAAAACCUUCCUCUAGAAAACCCAUAAGAAUUUCUUUGAAUCCCAGCUUUAAAAACAUUACAAAAAGGCCCCUCAUGGCCUCAUUGAGUGGACAAACUCAACAGAGAAAGCUCCCCAUACUGCUCUUUGACAUCAUGGACACAAUCGUUCGCGACCCUUUUUACCAGGAUGUCCCUGCCUUCUUUGGAAUGCCUAUGAAGGAACUAAUAGAAUGCAAGCACCCAACUGCAUGGCUUGAAUUCGAAAAGGGGCUGAUUGAUGAGAUGGAGUUAGCCAGAAAAUUCUUUAAAGACGGAAGGCCUUUCGAUUUGGAAGGAAAGAGGGAACCUGAUCCUGAUUUUUACUUGGAAGUCGUGAGACAUCUGAAGGUUGAUUCGGGAGAUUGUAUUUUCAUUGAUGACAGGUUAAAGAACGUGGAGGCUGCAACUGAAGUUGGCAUAGUCGGUCUGCAGUUCAAGGGUGCGAUUUUCUGCGUCGUGAUCUCUCCCAAAUGGGAAUCAGCGUUUCAACAAACAAAUUCCCAGAAAAUUUGGCAGGCUGAAGAGAACUGUUUAAUCCGCGACGUUUUUGUUGCCGUUACAAGAUUGAACGUUACUGGAACAUGA